GCCGUUGGGAAUGAGAUUUGUCUAAACGGCUUGUUGCUUCUGAUCUUCGCUAAGAGGAUUUGGAAACUAUCGACUUAUGUCUUGUGUACGGACACCGUGUCGGUUUAGUACUGCAGCCGAACAGCCCUGUAGCUUCUUUUUUUUUUUACUAACUAAAAACUGAAAGUCCGAGGACAGAAGGAGAGCGGAGGGAGAAAGAGCUGGAAGAUGAGCACCGGAGCGGGCAUCGACUACAGCGCCUGGGAUCACAUCUAUGUGUCGGACGAUGAAGAUAUGACAAGUCCGUUCGUCGACACUCCGAGCCUGUUCAGAAUGAGACACCGGAGCCGGCUGGAGAAAAUGGCUGAGUUUCAGCAGAGAGGGGAAGAUCUGGAAGAUAACUUUGCAGAAUGCAAGAGGCUCUUAGAGGAAGCCCAGGGACGACUUCGAGAACUGGAAGAAGGAAGUGAGGAGGAUGCGGAGAAAGAGGCUGAGCUGAGGGAAAUUCAGGCCGAGGUGAGAAAACUGAAGAAGGAUCUAAAGUCGUUUGAGAAGAUGAUGGAGGAACAUCGGCGAGAAGAAAAGAAACUGCCCUGGAAUGUUGACACGAUCAGCAAAGAAGGUUUCAGUAAGAGUGUUGUCAACAUUAAGCCUGUAACAAAGGAAGAAACGGAAGAGGAAAAGGUGGAGAAGCAUAAAGCCUUUGUGGAAAAGUACGCAAAGGAAAUCAAACACUUUGGUAUGAUGCGGCGUUGGGACGACAGUCAGAAGUAUCUGUCGGACAACCCACAUCUGGUGUGUGACGAGACGGCUAAUUGUCUUGUUGUCAUCUGUAUCGACUUGGAGAUAGAUGAGAAACAUGCACUGAUGGAGCAGGUGGCCCACCAGGCCAUCGUCAUGCAGUUCAUCUUAGAUUUGGCUCAGACGCUGAAGGUCGAUCCACGAGGAUGCUUCAGACAAUUCUUCUCCAGGAUCAAGACUGCAGACAAGCCAUACCAAGAUGCGUUCGACCAUGAGCUGGAGUCGCUGAAGGAGCGUGUCCGUACCUGUGCAGAGGCUCGUAUGGAGAACGCUAUGAAGGAGCUGGAGGAGGAGGAAAAGCAGAAGAGACUGGGCCCGGGUGGUUUAGACCCUGUAGAGGUCUACGAAUCACUGCCAAAGGAAAUGCAGAAGAGCUUUGAUGAGAAGAACAUUCAGUUGCUCCACUACGUCAUUGACAAAAUGGACCCUGAGGAGGGAAAGUACCACAUGAAGAGGUGCAUUGACUCUGGACUUUGGGUCCCUGACUUAGGAGAGGGCGAUGACGAAGAGGAAAACAAUGACGAGGAUGAGGAAGAUAGUGAAACGGACAAGGAGGAACCUCCUGUAAAUGAAUAGCUUCCUUUUGUUCCACCUUGGUCAACAACGCCAUCUUGUGUCUGUUUGUGUGUAUAGUUGUGUGAAGCAGAGACCAGAAAGAAAAAAAAGAAGCUUGUGUGGUGAACACAGAUCUAUCAUGAUUUGCUGCACCUAUCAUGUUUGUGAUUGAUGGAUUUAAAGACCACCAAGUGAGUAAUCUGUAAUCAAUAUCAGCCGAUAUCAGCUGGCCUUAACUUGAUCGGAGCAUCCCUAACGAUUUGUGCUUAACAGUCAAAAUGAAUCUUUGUUUAUGUGCAGUGCAGUGGACUCAUUUUAGACAAUCAUGGACACAAAUUACAGUUGUGGCUGCUAUUCGGUGCUAUUUUGUAAAUCACAAACACUUGAAAGUCUUAAAGUAUUUCCUAUCGUGGUUAUGAUGGUGUAUCCUUGGCAACGUAGAAACUCCAGGCGUCUCAGAGCAAACCUGUCAGAGUGUCGGUAUGUCUAACAGAACCAGACUUAACUUUGCAUAACCGGGUGUUUUAUAGUCUGAUGAGAGUCUGUUUGACAGGCUGUAAGUCCAAGUAUGAUAGUUUCAUCGUAGCUGCUGUAAUGUGACUGUGCAAUGGCUCCUGUGUGUACUUGUUUGUGGUUUGUACAACUUAAAACCACAAUAGCGACAGCUUUUAUUCUGUUUACCAUUGUAGGUGUGUCAUUGUUUUAAACUUGUGUUGUAGAUAUUGUACAAUAAAACAGGCGUAAUUUUCAUUCA